GUGGGAAUAAUUGGGGAGUGCGCUUGCGCAAUAGUAGGCCGUGGACUACAUUUCCCAGGAUGUCAGGCGGCAGAACCAUGCACUAUUUCCCAGAAUCCAUUCCGGAGUCAUCUCUCCAAGCACGCAUGUCCUGCUUGUUCCAAUUCGAAUUGUCCCUCACCCCAGUGGCUUCUGGGCAUCGUAGUUCCGGGCUCGGUUUGCGCAGUCGCAGCUUAGAAGUGAGUGGGCGGGGCAGGGCUUUCCGCCCUUACUUCUUCGCCGAGCUCAGUGCAGUUCUGGCUUCUCAAGAUUCUGCUGUUCCCCAAGAAAAGAAAAUCAAGGAGGAGAUGGAAAUGACUUCUGGUCUCUUACCACCCACAUCCCAGGUAUCACUCACCUUCCAAGAUGUGACUGUGGACUUCUCCCAAGAGGAAUGGGACCGCUUGGAACCUGCCCAGAAAGACAUGUACAGGGAUGUGAUGCUGGAGAACUACGAGAAUUUUGUCUUCCUCGGGCUUCCAGUUUCCAAACCAGAUGUGAUCUCCCAUCUAGAAAGAAGAGAAGCCCCGUGGAUGACAGAAAGUGAAGUCCUGAUCAGCACUUAUCUAGAUUCCCUUAUUCAGAAGACAGGAUAUGAAAUCGAGGAAUCAGUUCCAAAGCAAUAUAUUUCUAUGGGAGAAUCAUCCAAUGAAUUACUCACAAAGGAGGGUCCCUGGAAUUCCAGUUUGGGAGAAGGUUGGGAUCAUAAUGUCAGGUUAGAGAGACAAAUGGGAAACCAAGAGAGACAGACAAGGCAGGUGCCUGUCACUCACAACUAUAAUAUAUUUGGGAGAAAGCUCAUUCUAGGGUCUUUCCUCAUUCCACAACUGAGUUUUCCUAGAGGAGAAAGUCUCCAUAAGUAUGAUACACUUGGAGAGAGUUUCAAACAAUUUUCAGAUCUAAUUAAAUAUAAUAGAAUUGAAUUAGGAAAGAAACUUUGUAAAUAUAGUAAGUAUAGGAAACCCUUCAAUUAUCAGUCAAAUCUACUUCAUUACUAUAGAACACAUACUAGAGGAAGACCUCUGAAAUGUAAUGAAUGUGGCAGAAUUUUUCAUAGCAUCUUAAAUCUCACCAUACAUCAGAGAAGUCAUGCUGGAGGGAAACUCUUUGUAUGUGAUGAAUGUGGAAAAGCCUUUAGCCAGAAAGAAAACCUUGAUACACAUAAGAUAUUCCAUACUGAAGAAAAACUCUUUCCAUGUAAUGCAUGUGAGAAAGCCUUCAGUAACAAUUCACGUCUUAUUGUGCAUCAAAGAAUUCAUACUGGUGAGAAACCUUAUAUAUGUAAUGAAUGUGGAAAAGCCUUCAGCCAGAAGGGAAACCUUAAAACACAUAAAAGAAUUCAUACAGGGGAGAAACCUUUUGAAUGUAAUGAAUGUGGAAAAGUCUUCAGCAGUAAUAGACACCUAACUCGACAUCAACGCAUUCAUUCUCAAGAGAAACCAUAUGUAUUGAAUACAUAUGGUAAAGCUUUCAACAGCACCUCUUACCUUACUAAACGUAGAGUAAUUAAUAAUAAUAAUAAUACUGGAGAGAAACCUUUUAAAUGUUAUGAAUGUGGAAAAGGCUUCAGGUACAGUUCUUCUCUUAUGCAGCAUCAGAGAAUUCAUACUGGUGAGAAACCCUUUAUUUGUAAUGAAUGUGGAAAAGCCUUCAACCAGAAGGGAAUCCUUAAUACUCAUAAAAUAACUCAUACUGGAGAGAAACGCUUUCAAUGUAAUGCAUGUGGGAGAGCCUUCAGGCACCGUUCAUCCCUUAUGCGACAUCAGAGAAUUCAUACUGGAGAGAAACCCUAUAAAUGUAAUCAGUGUGAUAAAGCCUUUAGCCAGAAGGGAGGCCUUAAUGCACAUAAGAUUGCCCAUACUGGAGAGAAACACUUUGAAUGUAGUGAAUGUGGAAAAGGCUUCCGAUAUUGCUCAUUCUUGGUGCAACAUCAGAGAAUUCAUACUGGUGAGAAGCCCUAUAUAUGCAAUGAUUGUGGGAAAGCCUUUGGCCGGAAGGGAAGCCUUAAUACGCAUAAGAGAAUUCACACUGGUGAAACUCCUUUUGGAUGUAAUGAAUGUGAGAAAGCCUUCACCAAUAACCAGAGCUUAGCUCGACAUCAAAUAUUCUCUCAUAUUCGAGAGAAACCCUUUCAUUGUAAUGAAUGUCAGAAGUCUUUCAGUCAGAGAGGAGAUCUUAAUAAACAUAAGAGAAUUCAUACUGGAGAGAAACCUUUUCAGUGUGAAGAGUGUGGGAAAGCUUUUACCCGUAGUGAAAAUCUCAAAGGACAUAAGAAAAUUCAUACUGAAGAGAAGCCAUUUCAGUGUGACGAAUGUGAGAAAGCUUUCAAAUGGAGUGGAAACCUUAAAGAACAUAAAAAAACUCAUGCUGGGAUGAAGCUCUUUGAAUGGAAUGAAAGAGGAAAUGUUUAUAGUCCAAACUUUGUUGCAUAUGACAAAAUUCAUAAUAGAGAGAACCCCUUUGAAUAUAAGUAAAUGUGAGAAAACUUUCAGAAAUAGCUCAUUGCUUUAAAAAAAAAAAAAAGAGAACUUCUAC